UGACAUACUAUAUACUAUCUCAGAGAUAGUUUAAGGUUAUGCGAUAUCGCUAAACAGAAUAAGGAAGAUUGUUGCGAAAACUAAAAUAAAUUGAGACUUGCUCUCUCAGGCGAUAUUAUCACAACUUCUUAAGCAAAUACGCAAUGAAAAAUUGAAUGUGUGAUGGAGGACUUAACACAGAAAUUGCUUCAGGCAAAAACACUUACUAAUGCAUUGAUACAGGCAAUGUUUAUAUCUGCAAAGAAUCUUCAGUCAGCAGAACAGAAUAGUGAAACAUGGGAUAGAGUAACACAAGUUUUUUGGCUGCAAUUACAAUCAGGGCUUCUCAAGUUAGAUGACCAGUUACUGUGUUCAACAUGUUUAUACACCAUCAUUCCUUUGACUGGAAAAGAAGAGUUCUAUUUAAAGGAAGUAUUACAAGGCAUUGAUCAUGAAAUAAACCAGAGGAAAAGUGAUGUGAUGAUAAACCCAAAGACAACAUGGGCAGUGUCUUUGAUGUAUGGAAUGUUUCAAUCCAACUUUUUAACUAAAUCCAGUAAGGCUAAUCCAACUUUAGAGGUUCUUCUGAAUUCUAUUAUUGAUUUGCUCAUUCAGAUGGCAUAUGAUUACUCAAGGAACACUUUUAUUGUAUUCAAAACAAUAAGUUCUUACAAGAAAGUAUGUGGGACACAAAUUCAAGAUUGCAUAUUUACAAAAAGUAAUCAAGUUAGAUUGUUAAAUUUAGUGAAUCAUAAUUGGGAAAACCCUAUCACAGGGGUGAGGGAUCUAAAUAAAACUAUAUUCCAGACACUGAUAUCUCUAAUGGAUGAUACAAUAUACCAAAGUGUUGUUAAAGAAAUUAAUAGAUUUUAUUGGAAUAAAGCUAAGUAUUUAAUGCUUGCAGAACUGAUAGGACAAUGCAAAGGGAAUAUCUCAAAUUUUAUGAAAGAAAGUGAUUGGUUAACUGGCUUAUCAAGCAGCUUAGAAAAACCAGGUUUAGUUUCAGCAGGAACUGAUAUGUAUUUCGCAAUUUUGAAGAACACGACCACUGAAGAUGAUUGGAUCCAAAUGUUCUUGCCAACUGUUGACCGAAUUUUAAAUGGGGAAAGUACAAAACCAAUUGAACAUUUUAACAACUACUGGUGCUUACAAACCUUCAAAAAGUUUCCAUCUUUAGUAAAUCAGUUUGAAGUUAUAUUUGAAAAUAUUGAAGAUAUAGAAAGAAAACUGUAUAACAGCUUGUCUAUUUUGAAACAAGCAAAUAAGCUUGGACUUGUUCAGAAGAAUUGGAAUUCAACAGAUUACAGUUUACUUCAAUCAAUGGUGUUGCAAGGAAUUAAACAUAGCAAUGUGGAUAUAAGGAUGGCUGCAUUUGAUAUUAUUUGCGAAUUUCAAGGAAAAACGAUACCUAGUCAAUUAGAAUUCGAUCUUGUAUUAAAUUAUGUAAAAAAUAAUAUAAACUCUGACUGUACUGUACUGAGACUUGGCAUGUUGAAGUGCCUUAAAAAUUUCUUGAUGCAAAAUCAUGCUGCUUUUACCACACAUUGUAAAAAUAACGAGCCUGUGGACUUGCAAUAUCUUCAAAAAUUCUUGAUAGCCUUGCAAGAACUUGUUGUUUCGAAUUUAAAUGUAAAGGGCAAUUAUCAAAGAAAGAUUACAUCUGUAAAGGUAUGCAGUAUUGUGUGGGAGUGCUUGAUCGACAUACCAAAAAACAAAAAGAAUCAAACUAGACACAGUGACACAACUUUGUAUAAAAUGUUACAUGAUGACGGGAAAUGGCUACUAUCAGACGAAGCAUUUGUUAAAAAGUUAAUAAGCUUCCUACAGGACCCAUCAGAUGAUAUAAGAGAAAAUGUAGUGCAUUUACUUUUAAAUUAUUACUCACCUGCCUUCAAGAAAACAAACUUAUUGAUAAAUCAUGUAAUAGAUGAAGCAUUGAAAAGUAUUGGGGGCAAAUUUUUCUAUGAAAUCAGUUGUGGUCAAAGCAUGUUUAAAUUCAUUGUUAGUAUUCUGUUAAAAGAAAAACUUGAUCUAGCCACUUUCAAAACUGUUGAAGAUGUUUUUACUUUUGCAUUUAAUGAGCUGACUAAUGAACACGAGUUAAACAGGGAUAUUUUAGAGUCAAUUGAAAACGGAAAACAGUUACACUCCUUCAUGGAUAUAAUGCUAGUUGUGUUAGAUGUCUGUGACCAGAAGUCUUAUAACUUUAAGAUAUCGAAUGAAGAAAUAAUUAGGCUUCUUAAAACAUUGGACAAUAUAUCAAAUCACUUUGUCUGGGAGGAAAAUUCAUCAAGUUCAGACUUUUCUAAAAUGAAUGAUAUGGUGGAGCAGAUCAUUUAUAAAUCGGGGUUCACGUCAAAAGAUGACAAAGAUAACACGAAGAUAUCUGGUAUUCAUCAAAUGGUCCUGAACUGUAUUUGGCUAAAUGUUAAGGCAUGCUGUGAUUUGGCAUCGUUGAUGAUUCGGCACUGUGAUCAAGUACAGUAUAUAGAAAAAUUCCUCACCAUAAUAACUCGCGUUUUGGAAAGUUCACGCCAUAAAGGAGCUAUUGAAGCUGCGGGCGCUGCUCUUGGUCAAGCCAUGCAAUAUUUAACAUCCCUACCCGAUGAAGUGGACAUUUCUUGCAUUCCUCAUGUGUUGCUCAAAAACAAGCUUAAAGAGUUGAUAACGGAAGCCAGUAAAAUGGCCUCUAUAACCAGGCGAGGUGCUGGAUUAUCUAUUAUGGUCCACAGAAUAGUAUCCAGUGACAUGAAAAAGGGAAAGGUAAGAUCAUUAAAAUAUUCAACUUUUGUGACUUGUAUUCUAGGUGUGUUUCUAAAAAAAAAAAAUAUAUAUUGUCUUUUACAGCCUUUAUUUCAUUACUUUAUGAACAUGAUAUUGGAAACCUGCAGUCAUUCCGAAGACCUACCUGACAAAUUACAUGGGAAUACAGAUAUUGAAAACGAAAAAGAUCUGCCAAAAGCCAUCUACAUUCACUUUUUGACAAGAAUAGUUGUAGAUAGCAGUAUAGCUUCUGAUGUUAUGUACUACUCACCACAAUUGGCCAAACUUGCAUUUGAUAAUUUGACGAGUCCCCAUUGGCAAAUAAGAAAUGCUGCUCUUCAACUAUAUGGUGCUUUAGUUCCAAAAUUAAUAGGCCAGAAAAAAGCAUCUGGGACAGGAGAUGAGACCAUAGCUACAGUGGCAUGUGAUGAAAUACGCACGCAUUCACCGAAAUUAUGGAUGUACAUUAAUCAUCAACUCGGAAACAUCAGUACAUCUGAUAAAGUACUGUCACAUUCCAAUUUAGUGCCCAUACUGAAUAUGUUGGCGAAUAGUGCUAUGAGGUACAAUUUUUCCUCUGACACGACAGAGGAAACGUCAACUCAUUCAAACUUAUUACAAAGCUUAUUUUGUCUUUUGGAUAGCCCUAUCUACACUGUAAGACGUCUCACUGCCAAAUCCAUAUUUAACAUUUUCUCAUUUGAUGUGAUUUAUGAAUCAUUGUUGAAACAGGGACUAAUAUCUGAAAACUUUUUGCAUGGAGUGUUGAUAUUGUUGGCACAUUGCUACAAACAUUAUAAUGACAAAGGGACAAAUGCUGAGUUCCAAAUGACAAAGCACACUUUUCAGAGUAAACUUUACAAAGGCAGGCAUUCCUAUUUAUGUAAGGAACUGUAUGAAGAUAUUUUUAAAUUUAAUGUGAGUGUUGAUAUAUUACUGGAUACUAUGACAGAAUUAGAUGCCAAUGGUUAUGCCCCCGGAAUUCACUCUUGGGCAAACGCGCGAGUAAGAAAAUGUGUGAGAAAUAUUUCUUGGUAUGAAAUAUCAUGUGUGAUAGAAAUAUUUGCAAAUAGAACUGGAUUUGAGAACUGUUGUAAAGUUCUGUUAGACAAAAUAAAAUGUGACAAUGAAGAAAUUCCUAAAGAUGUGUUAAAAAAUAUUGCAGAAUUAUUAUUGGCAUGUAGUAAUAAAUAUAGCAGUAGUGAAAUAUGGAAAAUUCUCUAUAUGAUAUCUCAAUUAGUAGAAAUAAAUUGUUGUACUGCACCUUUACUGGAAGCAAUACAAACCAAUGGUCAUACAUAUAAAUUGCGCUACUUACUGCCAUUUACUGUAAGAAUUUUGUUAGUUAAAAAUGAUGAAAAUGGGGUUGUAUAUUUGUCAGCCGAAAUUUUAAAAUUAUGCGACCCGGAGUCUGUUGAUAUAGAAAUGAGAUACAUUGCAGCAUUAGCAAAUAAUGAAUUAUCAAGUUCAUUCCAUAGAUUAUCAGAUGCUGUAAAAGUUACCAUGAUCAAGUCAGCCAUUAUCCUUUUACAAGACGAAGAUGAGGAUGUAAGGAUAUUGAGCACCAUUUUCUAUAAAAAUAUUAGCCAAUCAAAAAUACUACCUCACCCAUACAUAUGUUUGCAAAAAUUAUUGGAGCCUAAGCUUUUGUAUAGUGUUUUAUCAAAACCUCAAACAGGAAUGAACACAAUCAGUCAAGAUUUAACAGCACUUCUAACUAAAACUAAUAGUAUAAAUGCAAGUGACAGCUACAAUCCUUUUGCUAAUGAUUCUAAGAAUAUCUAUUUAGAAGUAGAGAUUUUGCAACAACUACUACACAAUUUAAAUGUAAGUAUGUCAAUAACCUAAUACCUUGGUACUAAAUAAAUGUUUUUGACGGGUUUGAAA